CCUCCUGUUUACAGCCAGUUUGGAGCCUUGAGGGUUGUGUCGGGAAGGGCCGGCACACAGGAAGGGCACCCUGCCCACGGGCUCCCCGGAGGCCCGACUGGGGGGUCUCCUGGUGCGUCUGCCCCUCCUGGGGGUCUCCAUCCACUGGAGGGCAGGUUCUGCCAGGGUAGGCUGAGGACGGAAGGGUGGCCCUCUGCGAUGUCGGGUGGGCAGUGGAAAGGGCCCCAUGGGCUCCUGGGCCGAGGGAAGCGGGGGACGUGCUGGCAGGGGCCCUGCCCCGCUGGAGACCCGCGCGGUCCUUGGGAGGCGGUCACGCGGAGCAAAUCAGCUCAGAACUUUUUUCAAGAGCUCAGGUGCUUAAGUGGCCAGCUUGGUUGACCCGAGAGGGGCUGUGCGUGUCAGCGGUCAGCGCUGAGUUUAGAUCAAAAACCCACCCGAGCUGCUGUGUCCUGGCAGCUCAUACACACAGAACUUGGAAACCCUGCCCACAAACUAGACAGCUCUGUGCGUGUCCUGUCGGCCUCCGCAGUGAGGACACGUCUGAGUUCAGAUGCAGCUCACGCGCUAAAGGUGGCGGUUUCCUUGCUUUCAGCCUGUCUUAGCUUUUUGUCCCCGUGUUCUUCCCAGAGGCCCCUCGCCUCUAGGUGUCACGCCUGGGGGUGCGGGUGAGAAGGGCAGGAGGCAGACUGCCGAUGUGGAGGGGACGAGGCACUGAGAUGCUUGCUGGAGCGGGUGGUGCCCAUGGGCUCUUGGGAACCCGGAGCAGCACCUGCGCCCAGCACCCCCAGACUUGCCAUCAGCAGCGGUCACUUUGGGACUGUCUGCCCAUCCCGGCUGCGGGGCAGCUGGUCAAAGCGCGAGGCCUCUCGCUGGCGUCCCUCCAUGUCCGGGUGCCUGUGCUGCCCUGUGGGUCCCCACCCCCGCUUCCCUUUGUGCUCUGGCUCUGCGGUGCAGGAGUCUGGGAACAGGCUCCCCUCCUCCUAGGCCCCGUGAGGAGGGGGCCUGAGAACAAUGGUGGCCCCACCCUCCACACUGGCUCAGGCUGGGCUGGGCUGGGCUGUCUUUCCAGUUACCAGCUCUGUUCACUUCCUUCCUGAGAAAGGGGAAGUUGGAUGGUGGCCAGAGACCAGGAUUCCAGGCAGGGCCCUCUGUGGUCCUGGCCCUCCCAGGGGCGGGAGGCAAGGCCAGGUGGGCCCUCAGUGGCUGGGCCCUGCCCCCUGGCGCCACGGGCCCUCACUGUCCCUGCGUAGCAGGGCUGAUGACACCGUCUGUGGCUGCCCGUCACCCGCUGCAGCUCUGACUGGUGUCGUCAGGACGGCCCCAGGGGCAGGAGGGGCCAGGAGCCCAGCGGCCUUGUCCAUUCUGGUCCUGUCACCCUGCCCUGGGGCCGUCCUGAUGACACCAGUCAGAGCUGCCCACUGCCGUGCGCGGGCCUCCUGGCUCCCAGCCUGCCCUCUAAUGCACCCCGCCUGCCCCUCCCACCAGCACCCUUGCCCACUGCCCACCCGCUGGACACAUGCCUCUGCAGACCUGCCUGUAGGCGCCCCGGCUGGCGUGGCCGCCUUCCUGCCGUGCUUGGUGGGGCCUCCCGGACCUCUUGGCCCUCCUUCACGCCUCCCUACAGCAGCGCCCACCAGGUGCUGUCCAGGGCCCCAUCAUCCGACAGGGUGUCAGGGGGCCUUGACCUCCCGCCCACCCUCAGCCCUGCCUCUGCCCAGCCGGGUCCGCGCCUCCCCCCAGGCCUUCUGUCCCCCUCUGCCGGGCCCAGGGAACAUACAGGGGUCUGCAUCCGCGUCCCCGUCCCCGGAGGAGCAGAGGGUCCUGGAGAGAAAGCUGAAGAAGGAGCAGAAGAAAGAAGCACGGAGGCGGCUGCGGGAGGCGGGCAUCGCUGCGGCUCCAAGCCCUGCAGUCAAGCGCUCAGGGGCCGCGCUGGCCCUGGAGUACCUGUGCAGCUGGGCCCAGAAGCAUGAGGACUGGAGGUUCCAGAAGACAAGGCAGACCUGGCUGCUGCUGCAUAUGUAUGACCGCGAUCAGGUCCCUGACGAGCACUUCCCCGCCCUGCUGGCCUACCUGGAGGGGCUCAGGGGCCGUGCCCGCGAGCUGACGGUGCAGAAGGCGGAGGCGCUGAUGCGGGAGCUGGACGAGGCGGGCGCCGUCGCCCUGCCUCCCGGGGGGACCCAGCGUGCCCGGCAGGUGCUGCAGCUGCUCUCCUAGCGGGUGGCUUGGGGGCCCCUGGGCCCAGUGGACCCCAGCGAGGGCAAGGGCCCUGCGCCCUGGAGGGCCCGCCUCUCUCUCUUGAUUCCUCGACCAGGGACUCUUUAGAGGGGAUGACGAGUUACCUCCUCCACGGUAGAACGAGGUCACUCUGAAAUGACCUGGUCUCCCGGUGGCCCGCAGGCUCCCACGGAAGGUGCUUUUUGCGGGAAACGUCUUAUCUUUCUACCAGGACUAUCCUAGAGGUCAGAGCUGGCCUUUCCUGUCAGCUGCGGCCCAUCUGCGUGGGGGUGUGGCCCCCUCCUCCAUCUGAUGGUCCCUCCUGUGCCUCUGCCUGGCCACCUGCCUGCCUUUGCUGAUGGCCGGGCUGGGGUCCAUCGUGCCUGCCCCUGGCUGUAUUUCAAUAAAAACAGGCCCCUGGGGGCCAUGGCUCA